CUGAGGAGCAGUCUGCCGCUGUGGCGGUUCCUGAGGUGGCAGAACACCCUCUGCAACCUCAGCUCACUUUUUAAGCCACUCUGAGCCACCACCAAGAACACAAAGUCUAGAUUAUAAAGACGACAGAUAGAGCUGAAAAUAGACCCUUCUGCUGGAGGAAAUCCAAGACUUUGAAAAGCUGAAUAACUGCUUUUUUUGUUGUGUGUGUGUGUGUGUAUGUGUGUGUGUGUGUGUGACACAGUGUCUGAGAUACUGCUGCUCAGAAGGGGAGACUCACACUGCAGUUUUAGAGGAUGGCAGAGGAGUCCAAAGGGAGAUGAAAAGAGGAGAGCAGCAGAGGUUUGUGUGCGGAACUUCAGAGCUGCACACGUCUUUUGUCCUGAGCUCUGCCUGCACACUUGGACCGGAGCUGACAAUGAAGAUGAGCAUGGAAUUCAGAUGGAUCGGUCAAGACAAGUUAUCAAUAUAGAGCUUCGUGUUUGGAGUUACACCUGAGAGUGACUGCAUCUGAUGGAUUACGCUGUUUUCUACGAGCUGCUGACAUGAAUUCAGAGGCCAGUGAGAUGUGGAAGUGCUCGCCUUCAGGAGAAAUCUGAGACCUGGAUGAGCCCUCGAGCACAACGAGAAAAUUCAAGUGAAGGAGACAAACCAUGGACUUGUUAUGGUGUGGCAUCGGACCGACCGUGUGCUUUUAACCCGUUUGUAGCACCCUCUACCCCUCACCCCAUGUCACAGCUUUCCCUGAAUUAUGGAAAUUUUGUGGAAGACGCUGACUUGGACAUUGAGCCUGGUGGUGAUGGCUGCUUCUGAAUUUCAAAGCAUCAACAGACCUUCACACAACUCUCAAGAGGAGUUCCUGUCCUACCUGCAGCACUACCAGCUGACUGUCCCGGCGCUGGUGGAUGAGAACGGAGAGUUCCUGAGCUACACUGUGAAGCACCACCGGCCGGGCCGACGGAGACGCGGGGCGGUGGACCCCAUGAUGGGACAGCCGCCUGCGUUAGACCCGGACCCCCGAGAGUCCCGGCUCUUCUACAGACUGUCAGCCUACGGAAAGCACUUUCACUUAAACCUGACGCUCAACCCCCACCUAGUGUCAAAACAUUUUACAGUGGAGUAUUGGGGCAAAGAAGGGCUGGAGUGGCGUCAUAACCUGGUAGAUAACUGUCACUAUGUUGGAUUCUUGCAAAAUCAGCAAAGCACGACCAGAGUGGCGCUCAGCAACUGCAAAGGCCUGCACGGUGUUAUAACAACAGAGGACGAACAGUAUAUGAUAGAGCCAUUAAAGAACAUAUCCUCCACCACCUCCGGUGAAUGGAACCUGGAAGAAGCACAGCAACAUGUUAUUUAUAAAAUGUCUGCCAUUCCCUCACCACAAGAGCAUAGCCAGGAGUUCAGCUGUGGCAUUUCAGACCUCAUUAAAAGCAGUGCACCUUGCCAGUCCAGCACGCCAUCCCCUGUCCACUCGUCCCCCGCACCCCAGAACGACAGCGAGCAGUCGAACAGCACCCACAGACAGAGGCGCUCCGUUAGCAGUGAGCGCUUCGUGGAGACGCUUGUGGUCGCUGAUAAAAUGAUGGUCGGUUACCACGGACGCAAAGACAUUGAGCACUACAUCUUGUCUGUAAUGAAUAUUGUUGCCAAACUUUACCGUGAUGCCAGUCUAGGAAAUGUUGUGAACAUUAUUGUGACCCGGUUGAUUGUUCUGACUGAAGAUCAGCCAAACCUGGAGAUUAACCAUCAUGCUGACAAGUCUCUGGACAGUUUCUGUAAGUGGCAGAAGUCCAUCCUGUCUCAUCACAGCGAUGGCAACAGCAUUCCUGAAAAUGGGAUGGCUCAUCAUGACAACGCUGUCCUAAUCACCCGGUAUGACAUCUGCACCUACAAGAACAAACCCUGCGGUACCUUAGGCUUGGCCUCAGUGGCUGGAAUGUGCGAGCCGGAGAGGAGCUGCAGCAUCAAUGAAGACAUCGGCCUUGGUUCUGCUUUCACUAUUGCACACGAAAUCGGCCACAAUUUUGGGAUGAACCACGAUGGGAUCGGGAAUUCCUGUGGUACCAAAGGCCACGAGACGGCCAAACUGAUGGCCGCCCAUAUAACAGCCAACACCAACCCUUUCUCCUGGUCCGCCUGCAGCAAAGACUACAUCACCAGCUUUCUCGACUCAGGUCGGGGGACGUGUCUGGACAAUGAACCUCUGAAACGAGACUUCCUGUACCCAACAGUGGCCCCGGGGCAGGUGUACGAUGCAGACGAGCAGUGUCGCUUCCAGUACGGAGCCUCCUCACGCCAGUGCAAGUAUGGGGAAGUGUGUAGAGAGCUCUGGUGCCUUAGCAAAAGCAACCGCUGUGUAACUAACAGUAUCCCUGCUGCAGAGGGGACCCUGUGCCAGACCGGCAGCAUUGACAAAGGGCUCAGUGGAGCCUUUGAGGACCGGGGCCCACGGACAGGGUCCUGGACAACACAGGGGGCCCCAGUGGGUGCUACCAAGGAGUGCGUGGCGUUCGGUACUGGCCUCAGAGUGUGGACGGCGGCUUGGUGGGCCCUGUUCCAUGUGGGGGAGUGCAGCAGGACUGUGGGUGGCGGUGGUAUCCUCCUCCAUGAGGGGCACUGCCCGUCUGGAGGAGGCAAGUACUGUCUCGGAGAGAGGAAACGUUACAGAUCCUGUAACACCGACGCCUGCCCUGUAGGAUCUCGUGAUUUCCGAGAGAAGCAAUGCGCUGAUUUUGACAGCAUGCCUUUCCGUGGAAAAUACUACAACUGGAAGCCUUACACUGGUGGUGGUGUGAAGCCCUGUGCGUUGAACUGCUUGGCAGAGGGCUAUAAUUUCUACACAGAGCGCUCUCCUGCAGUCAUAGACGGCACCCGAUGUCAGGCUGACUCUCUAGACAUCUGCAUCAAUGGAGAGUGUAAGCAUGUAGGCUGCGACAACAUCCUGAGCUCUGAUGCUAAAGAAGACCGGUGCCGCGUGUGUGGAGGCGACGGCAGCACCUGCGAGGCGACCGAGGGACUCUUCAACGAGUCUCUCCCCAGAGGAGGCUACAUGGAGGUGGUUCAGAUCCCAAAAGGAUCGGUUCACAUCGAGGUCAAAGAACUUGCCAUGUCGAAGAAUUAUAUCGCUUUGAAAUCCGAAGGGGAUGAUUAUUACAUCAAUGGAGCGUGGACCAUCGACUGGCCCAGGAAGUUUGACAUUGCGGGGACGGCCUUCCACUACAAGAGACCCUCUGAUGAACCGGAGUCUUUAGAGGCGCUGGGAGCCACCACUGAAAACCUGAUUGUCAUGGUCCUCCUUCAGGAACAGAACAUGGGAAUACGCUACAAGUUCAACGUGCCCAUCCAGCGCACAGGAAGUGGCGACAACGAGGUGGGCUUCUCCUGGCACCACCUGCCCUGGUCUGAAUGCUCGGCUACCUGCGCUGGAGGUUCCCAGAAGCAGGAAGUGGUGUGUAAGAGGCUGGAUGAUAACUCGGUGGUCCAGAACAGCUACUGUGACCCAGACAACAAACCUCCAGAGAACCAGAGAGACUGCAACACUGAGUCGUGUCCUCCAGAGUGGUUUAUUGGCGACUGGUCGGAGUGCGGGAAGACCUGUGACGGCGGGAUGAGGACGAGGACGGUGCUGUGUAUCAGGAAGAUUGGCCCUGCUGAGGAGGAGACACUGGAGGACACCCACUGUCUGACUCACCGCCCCAUCGAACGAGAGUCGUGCAACAACCAGUCCUGCCCACCGAAGUGGGUCACUCUGGAUUGGUCAGAGUGCACGCCUAAAUGUGGCCCCGGCUUCAAGCACCGCAUCGCCUUGUGUAAGAGCAGUGACCUGACCAAGACCUUCCCGCCCACCCAUUGCCCGAGCCACAACAAACCUCCGGUCCGAAUCCGCUGCAGUUUAGGACGCUGUCCUCCUCCUCGCUGGAUCCCUGGCGAAUGGGGACAGUGUUCGGCCCAGUGCGGCCUCGGCCAGCAGAUGAGGACGGUGCAGUGCCUGUCCUACACCGGGCAGCCGUCUAACGAGUGCGCAGAGUCCCUCCGACCCACCACCAUGCAGCAGUGUGAGAGCAAGUGCGACGCCACCCCCAUCUCCAAUGGCGACG